AUGGUAUUUUGUUUUGAUGCAGGCACGGCUCAAGCUCCCGAUCUUGGACAACCUGGAUAUCAUGCUGAAUCAGAUCGAAUGGACGAUGAUGGCUACCCAAUAGUUGUCGAUCUUGGAACCAGCACGUUUGACCCUAAUUGCUGCAACGUCAGAAUAACCUUCAGUGAAAGGCAAUCACGCUUGGCUCGGCAGCGUCUUAUCGACGAAGUAAUUCAGGAACAAGCUUUCGACCAGGAUGUAAUUGAAGAACUAGAACGUGCAAAUAUGCGUCGAGUUUUUGAGGACAUCGAGGAUGCAGAAGGCGAACAUUCAGCACAAAGACGUCGCGCAACUGCAAAUGGCAUUGUGUAUGUACUUCAGAGGUUUAUGAUGUUUCUAUUUCUUUGCAUUUCUAUGAUUCAUGACUUUGAAAAGGCACCACUUAUUGAUUCGAAAUUGCGGGGUUGAGC